ACUAUAAUGCCUCAUAUUAAACAAAUUGCUGCUGGCAGGCGUAAGCCGAAUAUGACACGCAAAGAGUACUUCGAUCACCGAUUCCGUAUUCACGGAAGUAUCUCUGAUGCUACAGAGGAUAAGGACGAGAAACCUUAUAAGUACAUCCAGACCCAGGUCUUUGACUCAGCCUUUGGGUCGCGUCAGGGUGGUCCCUUGAACGCAAAUCAAAACUGGGUUGGAAGAGACGAUACCACGGAACUCUUCUUUCGAGAUUGGGAUCAUGUCCAGCGAUGCUUUUCUAGCAACUACGUGAAAACAACUAUUGCACCAGAUGGACCUUUCUUCGCAGACUUUGAAACAAGUGUUGUUCUCAUGGCGUAUGAGAAGACCAUUCCACUGCAGACCUCGGCUGCUGUAAAGCGAGCUGAGGCCGGAGAGGAAGGUAUGGAUUCCGGCGACUCUACUGUUGCCAUGUAUUUCAUAUCCACGCCAGAUGACAUGAAGGACGGAGAGGUCCUGGAGCAGACAAUAACUCCUCGUCUAGUCGACGCAAUCAACGCUUGCUGCCAGGGCCAAGCUUGGGAACUGAUUUGCAACGUCGGUGCUGUUUCUGAUCAGUUCGACUUGAACUCUUAUUUUGGCGGCGCAAAUAUGCCCCAAUACGCACUCGUUUACAAAAUCUUUCUUACUGGCCCUGAAUCUGUUCCGCUGGUAAGGAAGGCUCAGGCACAGUUUGAGAAGCAUGCUGUAGACCAGUCCAUUAUCGAUCUGCAUAAAUCUUUCAUUUUGUUUUCACAAGAGGCCCUUGUUAUGGAUGUGGAAAAGGAAGUAAGGUUCAGCCGCAAUCGUCAGCCAGCUUUUAGAGACCUUCCUGGCCCAUCUCAUCUUGACUAA